AUGCUAAACCAUUCGGAGCUGGCCCGACAGACAAGAUUUGCGCAUACAACUGUGCUGCACAUUCUGAAGGAAAGCCUGGGCAUGAGAAAAAUUGCGUUACGAUGGGUUCCACAUAAUUGGACUGAAAUGCAAAAAUGGCUACGAUACGAUGCUGCUCGAACCCGCCUGAAGCGCUAUGGGCGCGAAGGUGAGGCGUUUUUACGCCACAUCAUUACGCUGGAUGAGACUUGGGCCAGAUCUUAUCAGCUAAAACUGAAACAAAAAUCAAAAGAAUGGCGUCAUUACGGGCCACCACGAAGUUCGAAAUUUCUUCAGAACCCCAGCAAUGUGAAAGUUAUGCUAAUUCUCGUACCAGCUUUGAGACAAAAAUGGCUACACUUUCUACGGAACGUCCCUAUCAUUUUGCAUGACAAUGCUCGGCCGCAUGUAGCACAAGCUGUGUCUGAUUUGUUUGAUCAAUGGCGCUGGGAAGUACUUUAUCAUCCACCAUACUCCUCAGAUCUAAUCCCUUGUGACUUUGACUUGAUUCCUAAGAGGAAGGAAUCGUUUCGUGACAUUCGCUUUAAAACUGUUCCAGAGAUUCUUGCCGCAAUAGACCAUUCGAACUAUCAACAGAACAGGCGCUGUUACAGGUCUUCUGCGACUUCCACAUCGUUGGAAACAAGUUGUACACAAUGCUAUCGACGAGAUUGA